AUGGUUCUGGUACAAGACGCAUCUGGCUCUCGAGCGGCCAAGCUUAUCAGGACAUUCUGGGCCGUCAUCAAAGGCGAACAGCAAAUCACAACUGCACACUCCGCAAAGUUGUUUGUACAAGCCUGUGAGAUUUACAGUAGCAAGAACUCAUCUGUCAAAUUUGUCGAGGUCCUUAUCUCAAAUCCUGCCGGCAUCAAGGCGCUGGAGACAGUAGUCCGCGUCGACUUGACUUUUGGCUUCAUAAACACCACUGCUUUGCCGUUCCUCCUAACACUAUCGGAUGAGGGUGUCGCUGCCCUCAGCAAUGGCGGAUUUCUUCGCCAGAUGCUGACGGCUAUUCUGGAGCCAUCGACCUUUUGGACUGCUGCCGUGGGCGCUUACCGUAAUGACAAACUCGACAGUGUCGGGCUUGAAGCAUUUGCCUGGCUGUGUCUACAAAUUGUCUCGGAUCAAACCAGCUUCGACUCACACAAGAUCGCAGUCAAAGAACUGAUGGACAGCAAGUCUCUUCUCAGCUCAGGCUCGCCCGAAGUGCGAAAGAUUGCAUACCGCAUCGAGAAGAUCAUCAAGAUCUUUGCCCAGCCAGAGAUUGCAUCCAGCGGAAUCACUCCUGGCGGACGUCAUGACAACGAUCAUGCCAAUUUCCGCGAUAUCUCAAUUUAUCCGACCUCUGAUGAGCUUCUCUCAAGCGAUCCUCCGUAUCUUCAACGACUGGGAGAUGUCUUUGACACGCCAAUCGAGACCCGAAGCCAAAGUUACCGCGAUUGGCUCUUUCGUCUCCUUCGCGAGGACAUGCUCUCUGAACUCCGAGAAGAUUUGCAGGUCGCCAUGAGUCAGAAGAAGAGCAAGCGCCGUCCUGUUGCUCUGGGGCAGUUGAGAUUGGUUGGCAUCAAUACCGACCAUGACAUUGACACCAAGCACAUCCCGCCUUACGCUCUCUACGUCGCGUGCCAGCAGGGCAUUACCUUUCCGCACAAACUACCAAAAGGUGGGAAGAAGGCAUUCUUAACAGAGUCAAAGAAUUUUAUGAAACACGACUCUUUUGGUGCGCUUUGUUGCAACGGCACCAUCAUCGCAUUCGGGUCGCUUGUCAGAGAUGUUGCCAAUCUUCUCAAGAUGCCCCCCAUCAUCGGUAUCAAGUUUAGCGAUGGCUCAGGUCUCAAGAAGGCCAUAGAAGCCCUUCAGGGUCCCUUCAAGGAACAAGUCAAGUUCUUCAUCGUAGACACUGCUACUUUUGCCUACGAACCGAUUCUCCAGCGAUUGAAGACCAUGGCCGAGUUCCCGUUGGAAGCUCAAUUGAUCGACGCGGAGCAACCUGCUCAGGAUGGACCGAGAUCAACAUCAUUGGACGCCUUGCCACACCAACUCCGUGCUGCCUUGGACUCAGGGCGCAGAAUCAAGAUGCCUCCAGGUUUGAAGCUGAAGAAAGAUAUCUAUUUGCAAGGCGCUCAGCUGAGAUCGUUCAUUCAUGGCAUCAGCAGCAACCUGGCUCUCAUUCAAGGCCCACCUGGCACGGGAAAGUCAUUCCUGGGUGCGCUCAUUCUCUUGACUAUCCUAAGAUUGAGCAAGUCGCGUAUUCUUGUUCUAAGCUACACGAACCAUGCUCUUGACCAAUUUUUGGAGGAUCUGAUGGACAUCGGCAUCAGCUCAGAUCAGAUGGUUCGUCUGGGUUCCAAGUCUACUGAAGCCACCAAACCGACUCUUCUGAGAGAAUACGACGGCCAAAAAAAGUAUUGGUUGAAGAUGGAGGAGAAAAACAUCCUCAAUACACUUCGCGCUGAAGAAACGAGUCUCAGCUCGGAGCUUCAAGAAUACAGCAGGAAACUCGCUGCACGAGAGGCUGAUCCGGCCGAUAUCCUGGAACACCUUGAGCUUUCCGAAAACUUCAGCAUCGCAUGGGAGGCUUUUCAGGUACCGGAAGAUGAUGGUUUCAAGAUGGUUGGCUCAGAUGGCAAAGAGAUCGACCCGGCGGGUGUUUACCAGCAAUGGCUGCACGGCGGUGAUGUCAAUCGUCUCGGACACCUCAGCGUAGCUCUCGACCAGAGAGCCCGUACCGUCUGGAAUGCGCCGCUGGCUGUGAGGAGACAAUGCCAUUAUGAAUGGUCUCAAAUGGUUCGUGAGGAACAGAGCGCCCGUUUUGUUGAACUGAGCAAGCGAUUUAGUGAUGUGAGGACUGAGAUCAAGAGUAUUCUUGACGAGCGCGGACGAAGAGUUCUCAAGGAUAAACAGAUCAUUGCUUGCACAACAACCGCUGCAGCGAUGUAUCAGUCCAUCAUUGAAACCGCCAAUCCCGACGUUAUUCUGGUUGAAGAGGCGGGAGAGAUCCUGGAAGCGCAUAUUAUUACAGCCAUGAGCGCGUCAGUGAAGCAGCUCAUACUCAUCGGAGACCACAAACAACUCAGACCAAAGGUCGGUAAUUACUUAUUGACAAAGGAAAAAGGCGAGGGCUACGAUCUGAACGUGUCGCUCUUUGAAAGGCUUGUUAUCCAGGGUCGUCAUUUCACAGCCCUUGAAGAGCAGCAUCGCAGCCAUCCAGAUAUCUCACAAUACCCUCGCAUGCUAGCUUAUCCUGAACUAAAAGACGUGCCCUCGACUUCCGAUCGUCAACUAAUCCGAGGAUUGAAGAGUCGAGUGACAUUUGUGCACCAUGAACGACCGGAGGAUACCAUGGACGAUGUCGCUGAGCGCCGGGACCCCACGGCCAAAGCCACCAAGAGGAACCCCUACGAGGCUAUGAUGGUUCUCCGAAUGGUGCGAUACUUGUCGCAGAACGGAUACAAGACUGAGAACAUGGUUGUUCUAACGCCAUAUCUGGGCCAAUUGUUCCUUUUGAAGGAGACACUUCGGAAGGAGAUGGAUCCUUGGCUGAAUGAUGUCGACAACCAUGACCUGGUGCGUGCAGGACUGGUUACGCAGGCGGCAGCUAAAGUGAAUAAGAAGCCUCUACGUCUCUCAACGAUUGACAACUAUCAAGGAGAAGAAUGCGAUAUCGUCAUCGUCUCGCUAACACGCAGCAACGCAUCGGGAGACAUCGGCUUCCUGUAUGCUCGUGAACGACUCGUUGUACUGCUAUCGCGAGCACGAAAUGGCAUGAUUCUCUUUGGAAACAUGGAGACAUUCAUGAAGAGCAAGAAGGGAGGCAAAAUGUGGACGCAGUAUUUUGAUGCCUUGAAGCAGAAUGACUCCAUUUUCGAUGGAGUUCCUAUUCAUUGCGAGCGCCACCCUGAGACGUCCAUGUUAUUGAAGCUGCCGGAAGACUUUGAUAAGAAGUGUCCUGAUGGAGGAUGCGCGGAGCCCUGUAAUGCCCCACUGAGCUGCGGCAAACAUAAAUGCCAGCGACGCUGCCAUCGGGUCCAAAACCACUCCAUGAUCCCAUGCUUUGCCAAAGUCGAGAGGAUCUGCGAUAAAGGCCAUAAGACUAAGGUCCCAUGCGGAGACAAGUCCAAGACCUGCGCGACUUGCACGACAGAAUACGAGGACAAUCAGCGACGUAUCAAACGCGACCUUGAACUCGAACGAACGCGCCAAGAAGCACAGGACAAGUAUCGUCUGGAGCUACAAGAGAUUGAGGAUGAGAUUGAUCAUCGCCGUCGAACUAUGAAGUACGAGUCUGAGGAGAAGAAGCAAGCAGACGAGCUCAAACAGAAGAAGGAAGAACUCGAGUCUCUUCGACAAGCGGAAAUCAACAAGAAGAAGAUCAAGGCGACCCAGAAAACCAGCCCGUCGCCCCAGACUGCUCCUCAGUUUGAUCCUAUAUCCAGUGCAGCCAAUGAGUGGAAGAACAUGAAAGAGGUAGAAGGUGCACGUAACGCCGCUUUGGACAAGCUGAUGGGAAUGAUCGGUCUGGAGUCUAUCAAAGACCAAAUACUCUCGAUCAAGUCCACGGUCGAUACCAAGAUACGUCAAGGGUUCUCUCUUGGGGAUGAAAGAUGGAGUUGUUCACUCCUUGGCAACCCAGGAACAGGCAAGACAACAGUGGCCAGAAUAUACGCUGAGUUCCUCACGACAGUCGGCGCCAUUGCAGGAAGCUGUUUCAAAGAAGUCACUGGAUCUAAGCUCGCCAAUAUGGGUGUCACUGGCUGUGAGAAGCUUAUUGAGGAGGUCAAUGACAAUGGCGGCGGUUGCGUCUUCAUCGACGAAGCAUAUCAGUUGUCAUCUGGCAACAGUCCCGGCGGCAAGGCUGUGCUGGAUUAUUUGCUGGCAGAGGUCGAGAACCUGAGAGGAAAGGUCGUGUUUGUCUUGGCAGGAUACAGCAAGGAGAUGGAGUCCUUCUUCUCUCACAACCCCGGCAUCCCAAGUCGUUUCCCCAUAGAGAUGAAGUUCGAGGACUACACGGACAAAGAACUCCUCCAAAUUCUUCAGCUCCAGAUUCAUCGCAAGUUUCAAGGUAGGAUGGCUGCUGAGCAAGGGACUGACGGGCUGUUCUGUCGGAUUGCUGUACGUCGGGUUGGCCAUGGUCGUGGAAAGAAUGGUUUCGGAAAUGCACGCGCCGUGGAAAACUGUCUUCAGAAGAUAAGCCAACGACAAGCAGCACGUCUCAGAAGGGAGCGCAGAGCCGGCAACAAGCCAAAUGAUUUGCUUCUCACCCGAGAAGACAUCAUUGGACCAGAACCUUCUGAGGCUCUGCUGAGCAGCAAGGCGUAUCGAGAGCUCAAGUCCCUUAUCGGCUUACAGGAAGUCAAAGAUGCACUCGGUGUGCUCAUGGACACAUUGAGAACAAACUAUGAGCGCGAGCUUGCGGAGCAGCCUCUAGUGGAGUUCUCGCUGAACAAGGUGUUCUUGGGGUCACCUGGCACUGGAAAGACUACUGUCGCAAAGCUCUACGGAGAGAUUCUCAAAGAUUUGGGCUUGCUUUCUAACGGGGAGGUCGUCACCAAGAACCCAGCAGAUUUUGUUGGAGCUGCUCUUGGCCAGUCAGAGGCUCAGACAAAGGGUAUCCUCGCCUCCACGGUUGGAAAGGUUCUUUUGAUCGACGAAGCAUACGGACUCUAUGGAGGAGGAGGCGUAAACGGCUCUGUCAUUGAUCCCUACAAGACGGCUGUUAUAGACACCAUCGUUGCAGAGGUUCAAAGCGUUCCAGGCGAAGAUCGAUGUGUCCUCCUGCUUGGUUACAAGGAGCAGAUGGAGGAGAUGUUCCAGAACGUGAACCCUGGUCUCAGUCGACGCUUUCCCAUCUCGUCUGCAUUUGUCUUUGAGGACUUUGAUGAUGUUGAUCUAGCGAAGAUUCUAGACCAGAAGCUAGGCAAGUCGGGCUUCAAGGCAACAACCAAGGCCAAGGUUGUCGCACUGGACGUCCUACGUCGUGCAAGAAACCGCCCAAACUUUGGAAAUGCGGGUGAAAUCGACAUCUUACUUGGAAGAGCUAUGGCGAAUCAUCAAAAACGUGUGUCGUCUGGGCAGGUCAAGAGACACGGAACCUUGGAGCCCAUUGACUUUGACCAAGACUUUGACCGUGCUGAAAAGGGUGAUACUGACGUCAAGAAAUUGUUCGAGGGUGACGUUGGGCGCGACCGUCUGAUAUCGAUCCUUCAAGGUUACCAGACCCGCGUGCGUCAGGCCAAGCAACUAGAGAUUGACCCGGAAAUCCCAUUCAACUUCCUGUUCCGCGGUCCACCUGGAACAGGAAAGACUACAGCUGCGCGCAAGAUGGGCCAAGUUUACUACGACUUAGGCUUCUUGGCUAGCACAGAGGUCAUCGAGGUUUCUGCUACUGAGCUCAUCGGCCAAUAUGUUGGACAUACUGGGCCAAAGGUACAGCAGCUCCUGGAUAAAGCUUUAGGACGGGUCCUCUUCAUUGAUGAAGCGUAUCGACUGGCGUCUGAUGGUUCGUUUGCUAGAGAGGCCGUUGAUGAGCUUGUGGAUUGCGUCACGAAGCCAAAGUAUCACGGCAAGCUUAUCAUCAUCCUUGCUGGCUACAUACAGGAUAUCAACACUCUGCUGGGCAUCAACCCAGGAAUGUCUAGUCGUUUCCCAGAAAGCAUUGACUUUGAUCCCCUCACUCCUGCUAGCUGUAUUCAGCUGAUGAGCAGUCAAUUGCAAGCUAGUAAAUCCAGGCUCAAUGGAAAGAUACCAGUGGAUCUUUCAUGUUUGGAGCGUCCUGAAAGGGGAUUCUUGAUGGACCUGACUAACAAGUUCAAGGAGCUGGCUGAGCAGGAUAGCUGGGCAAAUGCGAGAGACGUCAAAGAACUUGCCAAGAAGAUGUUUCACAAAUUUGAUCUAUCUUCUAAAAGUCUGAAACUUACUGAAGAGCUCGUACGCAGCACUAUAGACGACAUGAUGGCGGAGCGUCGAGGCCGAAUGACGGACAAGAAGCCUACUGCUGCGAGUGAGAUCGCCAAAGCACUCAAUGACAUGCCUUUAUUCACACCACCUACAACGACAACCAAGGUCACCACAGUUACAGAGGAACAAGAGGAGGAAGAACCAGAAGAAGAGCUCCCAGCCAUCACUGUUCCGCAAGGCAUCCGAGACGCCGGGGUAAGCGAUGAAGUUUGGGAACAGCUCCAAAAGGACAAAGAGCAGGAAGCUAAAGAUGAAGAAGAAUUUCGUCGGCUCAAAAAGGCCCAGCGGAAUGCAAGUGACGCUGACAGGGAGAAGCUGGUACGUAGGAUACUGGCUGAGGAGGAGAAACGGAAGAAGAUUGAGGCGAGAAAGGCAAAGUUGAUGAAGAUGGGUGCUUGUCCGGCUGGAUUUCAGUGGAUUAAGCAGAGUGGUGGGUAUAGAUGUGCGGGAGGUUCGCAUUGGAUGUCUGAUGGGGAUGUUGAUAAGUUGUAG